CUUUCCUAACAGCGGCUAAAAUUGACCGUUUCAGGCUGUUCCAACGGGUAACUAUACGCUUUCGACAUGUGUAUCUUCGUUUGUGAGCUACUUUUGACAGUGUUAGGAUACUGAUAAAAUUGCUUACCAAUUUAUACGUCUUUUCCACGGUUUCUGGAAGUUUCUUCUGUUAGGGUAGCGGCACCGAAUCUGGAUAGCGGCACCGAAAGGGGAUGAAGAGGAUUAAAAACCAGGGAAAAGAUGCGAUACACCAGUGUGUAAAUCGAUAUUACAACAAAAACGUGUCCAAAAGCAGUGGUUGAAGCAGAUGACAUUGUAAUUGCAUUAUAAGCAAUCAGUGCAGUGCUCCACAUAUGUUAACAUUAUGAUUAUCUCAUGUUGGAUAUAUGGUAUCAAUGUACAAAGUGUUACAUAUUUCGGGAAAAAAUCUACUUUGCAACAACGUUCGACGGUAACGGUUAGCCGGCAGAUAUGAAAACCGAGGUGUCCUGGAAACGACGGCUCCUACGAAACAGAUUCAGAUACAUGCUGGUGUGUGUCUUUGUGGUUGCCGUAAUAUUCGUGCUUCAUCAGCUGCUUUACUUCAAGGAGCUCAAUCGACAAACCGUGGGCAAGUUAAUUGUCGGCACAUUACGGGAUACCCAUCGCGUAAUCGCUGGCAACCGUGCUUCCAAGUGGGAUCAACCUCAGCACUCGAAACUCAUACGCGACAAGAAUGGUCGGACUGUAUCGUUGCGUGGCACACGAGACAAGGACAUUAGCAAGUAUCUUCCCAAUGUUGAUGGGAAGUUCGUAUGUUUUUCCUCGAAGAAUGAGAUUGACUUUCUGAAAAUUAAUGAUGAUUAUUGUGACUGUCCGGAUGGCAGUGAUGAACCAGGUACAAACGCGUGCAAUAAUGGCUUUUUCAAUUGCGAGAAAAGCUCUAGAAGAUCAAUAGAAAGAAUAUCAUCUUAUAAGGUGAACGAUGGGUUUUGUGAUUGUUGCGAUGGUUCAGAUGAAUGGGCCAAUGCCGCUGUGUUGUAUGAGCUCAAUGAAUCAGGAGGUGUAACUUUUCAUGGAGUUAAAUGCCCGAAUAAAUGCUAGAAAGAAGUAAGCUAUAAUUUAGAUUGGAAAGAAAGGCUGUUAUUUUGUUGUACGGAGUCAUAUGACAAUCGACAACGAGAACAGCAACAACCAAAUAUAAAUGAUAUAGGUAAAUGAUUAGAAUAUCUCUAUUACCUCAGAUUUUCACAAAAGUGCACUAUUUAGUGUCUUUGUAUGUGUAAAACAAGAUUUUGAAAGUGUUAUUUAAUGUUACAAGUAACAUGUUGCUAGAAGUGAAAUUCUUUAGUUAGACAAUUAUUUCAAUAUUAUUGAAUGGAAACAUAUCAGUUUAAUUAUAUAAUUUCUCAAUUUUUUGUGACAUAAUGUAUAUAACGAUAUGUUAUGCAUAUAAAGAAAGUAUCUAUCUUACUUGGAUAGAUAAUACAGUUUUUCCAGAUUAACAUAUAGUUCACUAUUUAUUAAAAAUGUACCUUAAGAAAUAAAAUAAAACGUAAUAAAAAUA